CCUGGCCGGCCGGCGCGGUGAGUUCUCCUGCGCCUGCGCGCGGUGCUCGGGGGGAAACCGGGGUCGGACGCGAAAACAUGGCGGCCUCCAUAUUCUACAGCCGGCUGCUGGCCGGGACCACCUUGAGGAGCCAUCGGCCCCAGGCAGCCUUACGGGCAGCUGCGCAGGUUCUGGGAAGCCCUGCCUUGUUAAACAACCAUGGAUUCCAAAUACAGCAGCAACAGCAAAGGAAUCUCUCGCUACAUGAAUACAUGAGUAUGGAAUUGUUGCAAGAAGCUGGUGUCUCUGUUCCCAAAGGACAGGUGGCUAAAUCACCAGAUGAAGCUUAUGCAAUUGCCAAAAAAUUAGGUACUAAAGAUGUUGUGAUCAAGGCACAGGUUUUAGCUGGUGGCAGAGGAAAAGGAACAUUUGAAAGUGGCCUUAAAGGAGGAGUGAAGAUAGUAUUUUCUCCAGAAGAAGCAAAGGCUGUUUCCUCACAAAUGAUCGGAAAAAAGUUAUUUACCAAGCAAACAGGAGAAAAAGGCAGAAUAUGCAAUCAAGUAUUGGUUUGUGAGCGGAGAUAUCCCAGAAAAGAAUACUACUUUGCAAUAACAAUGGAAAGGACGUUUCAGGGUCCUGUACUAAUAGGAAGUUCUCAAGGUGGGGUCAACAUUGAGGAUGUUGCUGCUGAGACUCCAGAGGCUAUAGUUAAGGAACCCAUUGAUAUUGUAGAAGGAAUCAAAAAGGAGCAAGCUGUUCGGCUUGCAGAGAAGAUGGGCUUUCCAGCUAACACUGUGGAUUCUGCAGCAGAAAACAUGAUCAAGCUGUACAACCUCUUUCUAAAAUAUGAUGCAACCAUGGUAGAAAUAAAUCCAAUGGUAGAGGAUUCAGAUGGAACUGUGCUAUGUAUGGACGCAAAGAUCAAUUUUGAUUCUAAUUCAGCUUAUCGCCAGAAGAAAAUUUUUGAUCUGCAGGACUGGACCCAGGAAGAUGAAAGGGACAAAGAUGCAGCUAAGGCAGAUCUCAAUUACAUUGGCCUAGAUGGAAAUAUAGGUUGUCUAGUAAAUGGUGCUGGUUUGGCUAUGGCCACAAUGGAUAUAAUAAAACUUCAUGGAGGUACUCCUGCCAACUUUCUUGAUGUUGGUGGUGGUGCCACAGUUCAUCAGGUAACAGAAGCAUUUAAACUCAUCACUUCAGAUAAAAAGGUACUGGCUAUUUUGGUCAACAUUUUUGGAGGAAUCAUGCGGUGUGAUGUUAUUGCACAGGGUAUAGUUAUGGCAGUAAAGGAUCUGGACAUUAAGAUACCUAUUGUGGUACGGUUACAAGGUACACAAGUUGAUGAUGCUAAGGCACUGAUAGCAGAUAGUGGACUUAAAAUUCUUGCUUGUGAUGACUUGGAUGAGGCUGCUAAAAUGGUUGUGAAGCUCUCUGAGAUAGUGACCCUAGCCAAGCAAGCCCAGGUGGAUGUGAAAUUUCAGCUGCCAAUCUGAUUAGAGAAAUUGAUAUAUGGUUCAAGGAGUUAAGUAUGCUGUAAUUGUUCAAAUACUGUGUUCUGUAUUAUUAUUGUUCCUUUCCCCUUAAUAUGUGGAGACUGUAAUUGCUCGUAUGCACAAAACCUUUUUAAAGCAUUUCAUCUGCAUUUAAUUCUACUGUUCAUAACAGACUUUAUAUAAAAAAAUAUGAAUGGUAGAUAACUAUUUUCUUUUGUUCCAGCUUUCUUUUUUCACUUCCACAGAAUGUCACUUGCAAUAUGCAGUUUGUUAUUGUUGGAUACAGCAUUCUUCAUUUAUGAGUCCUAUGAAUAAAAUAAUAAAAAAUAUAAAAUGAAGCUUUAUUCUUUAGUUUUAAUAAUAACUAACUUCAUUAGUAGAGCAAUGUACUAGUGUUUUAUAUAAAUAGUGUUUUAUUCUAAACAUCAAACAUCUAAUUAUAUUAAUCACUAUUUACAAAGAGCUUUCAAACACUCCCCAGAUUAUUCUUUUAAGUAUUCUAGUGAAUUUAUUUGUUAAUUAUUUGAACAUGGUUUUAAUUAUGGCAAAACACUGAUAAAUUUAAAUAUCAUGAUCCUGUGGUACUAAGAAGAACCUGUAGAUUUGUAUCAAAUAAAGUUGUAUUUACAGUAACUUAACAGACAAAAUAAUGUUAUUUUUUGUUUGUU